UUUAGGAGACAAUACGGUGGGUCAUACAUGAAUAGAGUGAAGUAGAGGCAAAUCUGAAAACAUGCCGUCGUGUGUUUUGUGCGAUGGAGAAGUCUUUGACUGUAUUGAUGGGCUGUAUUACUGCAAAAGCUGUGGAACUCAGUCUCAGGAUAUGAGAGAUGAAGAGAUGCAAGAUCCCUAUGAAGCUGGAAAUGUUAGGCAAUUGCAGUUAUCAGAGAAGGGCAGAGGUGGAAGAAAGAAACAGUUCAUUGCAGACAAAGGGAAACCUUGGUUUAUGUACGAAGCAUAUCAGCACAUCAUUAGGAUGCAAGUUGAAUAUCUGAUAAAACUUGGAGUCAACGAGGCAUUGAAGGAUGUUGUCUUUAAGCUGUGGUACAAGUAUUUGCAGGUCACUCAAAGUGCCUUUACUGGAUCUCCUGAGGGAGCUGUACCAACCAAGGGUUCAAUUUUCUACCCACGGGAUGCUAAUCUCUUAAACACAAAUAAAAGAAGGAAGUCUGGACAAAAGAGGAAGCUGGAUCCUUGUGAAUCAGAUGAUGAUGAAUUAGAACUGUGUUCACACUUUAGUGAUGAGGAGUUUUAUGAAGGUGAUGAUCCCUCAGAAGCAUUGCCAAAAGAUGAUGAUAAUGCUGAUGAUUUGAAUCUGGGUGAUGAUUGGACUAGUCUCUGUCGCAGCAAAGAGAUGCAUGUAGAUGAUGUCUCGGACAGUAGCGAAGAUGAAUUUAUUGGUUCCGUGACUUGCCAUCAAUCGAAAAAAAAAGGAGUAAGAUAUGGGUGUGUUUCCCUUCAGUGCACCCUAGCAUUUUGUUAUCUUGGCCUGCUGUGGAUGGAUGAACCAGUUUUUAUCAGUGACUUGGUGAGAUGGGCUAAACAAGGACAGCUCCCUUACUUCCAGAUAACAAGACACAUCCCUGGGCACAUGAAAUUUGGUCAUGGUGAUUUUCAGAGUUUGUGCCCUCUUAGAGUUCCCCCAGUAUCAUCCAUUCUUCGACGUGCGUCAACGAUUGCAAAACUACUGCGACUUCCACGUUUUCCAGAACCUAAAUUAUCCACCUACACGGCACGUUUUAUCACAGAUCUGCAUCUUCCAGGUUUUCUUCAUGGUGUGGUGCGCAAACUAGCAGAAAAAGUGAAAGUUGAAACCAACAUUCACCCAGUCUUUCAGUCCUCCAUUCCAAAUUUCGAAGCUGGUGCUAUGGCUUUGAUUGUUGUUGCCUUGAAACUCUGUUACGGAAUUGAUGACAAAACCGAAAAGGACCAUGAAGAAAAAGCCAUAUCCAUGGAAUUAGGCUCAAAAGAAGGAAAUUGUCACACAAUUCCCCUGUUCACUGAUUGGUUGAAAAGCUGGAAGCAUUGCGAAGCCAGGAAGUUCCACAGUGGUAUUCCUUGGACAGAUGAACAGGCUAAACUUGUUGGAGACCCCACGUCGUACAGUGCGUUCUGUAAAUCGGACCUUUUUGGGUCGUGGGAACCAGCCGACCGCGUUUACACUGGAACUCAGGCGAAAAAUUUGCGUGCAAACAGAAUCACAAACGAGGAGAGCCAGAGCAGGUAUGCACAACUGUUCAAGAGCCUAAUGACACGACAACAGGACGAGGAUUUCAAUAGUACAGACACGCCCCAAGUGACAAGUUUUCCCGCCACGUGUAGACACGCGGAGAACUCUGAAAGUGGCUCCGAAAGUUGUUUUGAUAGAAUACAUUCGCGUGGAAUCAACGUAGAAUCUGUCCUUGGGGGUGAUACAGCAGAGGGCAAUGAUUUGAGGUACAUUUGCUACUCAGCCGACCCUGCUGAUCAAGACACUAAUUUUCACAGUUCUUACAAGGUGCUGUUGAGUGUUUUGGCAGACCGCGUAGAAAUGAUGCCUGCGGAUAUACAAGCAAAAGUCCACAAACUUGAAAAUGCGUUGUUUUUUAAAAAACGUCUUGUCAAGGGAGUGCUGUGAUCGACUCGAACUGUGGCAGAGUUCAAUCAAUAAAACAGUGCUUAUCAUUUAACGAGGUUCAUCAAUAAAUUUGUUCAUUCUAAAGCUAGGAGACUUCCUCUUCUUAGAGAUGCUUGCCAUACGCAUGCGCCAGUUUUUUUGUUGUUGUUGUUGUUGUUUUGCUGACAUUAGCGAGCUAUUUAACUAUUUAGUUAUUUUAAGUGGUACGGAGAAAACUCAACCUGCUCAUUUGGUAAACUCUUUUCCUGAACCUUAUUUUAAAUUUCAUAAUUUACGACAAGAAACCUUUUCCUUUGCUAUAAUUCAAUUGUUAUGGAAAAGGUAUUUAUUCUGUGAAAAUAUUUGCCAAGCAUCACACAAGGUUUCGCAAGGUCACACGCUCAAAUACUGGCUUCUUUUACGCAAUGUCUAGCUAAGAUCUUUUUAUCGCCAAAUUCAAGUUCUUGUCCAAAAUUUUGCUACAGCUGCAGACACUGUUAGUUGCCCAUACUGAUACAACAGUUUCCACGUGAAGGAACACCUGCUUAAAGGUAAAUUUGGACUGCAUUCCUGCUGUACUUCGCCCUUUUUUAUCAAUCUGACUUGUUGCUACCUUACGAGCCAAGAUAAAGUCGUGUUAAAGGCUAACAAUUCUUUUUUUUUUUUUCUUACUAUACUACGUUCUUUAUUUGGUCAGAAAUCUCGAGACACCCUCUCAACCAAUCAGAUGCCAAGUUUAAACCAAUCGCGGGUGACCAAUGGCGUUUUCCCGCGCCUGGGCUCAUCCUGGUGCCCCCUUUGAUUUGACUAGCCCUCUUCAUUACCUCACUGGUUUUUUGAGGUACGACAUUUAAGAAAGUACAAUGCCCAAAGUAGUUUGACCAGCGUGCCUAAGUCAGAAACAACACCCCGCUCCAAGAAGUCAUAUUUUGAGAGAUAGCUUGCUUCAUGAACAUCCUCACUUUUAAUACCAUGAGAACAAAGACCUUUUUUUAUUUUCAUGAAAAGAAAAAGAUGCAAAAUACUUUAUGUCAAUAGACUUGACUAAUAAAACAGUGAAUACAUGA